AUGGCGGGCAAUACCCCCACACCCUCCCGAGGAGGAUUGUCUCUCUAUGCGAACCUGCUCAACCCCAACAGUGCUACUGCAGGCACAAUCUCGAGCGCGCCGGUGUCGUACACCAAGCCAGCUGAAAGCUCGCCCGAACAAGAUGAAGCUGUUAAGAAGCAGCAAGCCCUCGCUGCCUCCCUGAGAUUUCAACCCGCCAAAAGACCGCAACUAGCAGCCCAAAAGGCAAAGGCAAAAGCCAUUGCCGGCAAAUUCGCCGCUCUGUCCUCCUCGACUCCCAGUGCCCCAAUAGGGACAGAAAAUGCAUCGACAGACACCCCAAUCCCUCGAACUUCUGCGCCCAAGACCAGUCUGGCAGACUGGACAACUAUGGGGUCGGACGAUGACGAUGUAAAUAGUUUUUACACCAGCCAGCGACCGCGUGCAGGCCGGAAGAAGCGCAAGAAGAACAAGGAAGCCGUGGAGUUUGCUCAGAAUUGGGACGAUAUUUAUGACCCGAGUCGUCCAAACAACUACGAGGAAUACAAGAAUAGUGAAGAAAAGAUUCGCGAAGUCAGAGAAUGGAAGGAUUUUCUUUACAAACAUCGGACAAGACGGAGGGGUACCAGCGAUUCAGCAGGUGAUGACUAUGGUCGGCCCAUGAAUAGACAAUUCGCACCCCCACCUAUGUCUUUUGCUCCGCCAACAAACUUGAAUGAUGAGAGCCCUCAGCCGCCGCCACCGCCACCUGCUGAAGUGCCAAAUGAUGCAACAGGAGAGGAUGCAUAUUUGCGCCGGAUGCGGUUGAUGCAGACGCAAGCAGUCCCUAACCCUCCGCCUCCGCCGCCUGAAGUCGACCUUCCAUCUGGCCAGAUCUCGCGAGCCCCUGUUCGCUACAACCUGCCAGCUGCACCCGACGACAUUCCGGCCUCUGAAGCUGAGCUGCAAGAGAAGCUUGCACAACCCGAGGAAGAGGCCGACGGCGGCAUUAGUGCGUCGCGGUCAAAUCGUCCAGGUCAGGCGGGGUUUGCGGAGCGUCUGAUGUCGAAAUACGGGUGGAGCAAAGGUCAAGGCCUGGGUGCACAAGGCAGUGGGAUCAUCAAUCCCUUGUAUGCAAAGGUCGACAAGCGUAAAAAGAAAUCCGAUGCCGACGGUGGCGGCUACGCCACGCCUGCUGGAACGGGUAAAAUCCUGGGAGGCAACAAAUCCAAGGCUCCUCAGGCAGAGGAAGAGGGCAAAUUCGGAGCUAUGUCAGAGGUUGUUCGGCUAGAGGGCAUGCUGAGUGGCCUCGAUCUGGAUGAAGAGCUCGCCCAAGGCGAGGGAGGAAUCAUGCAAGAAAUCGGUGAGGAAUGUGGUGAAAAAUACGGAAGCGUGGAGAGAGUGUACAUCCACCGACCGGACACCGAUGAGGGCGAGGCACUGGUGUUUGUGCACUUCGUAAGCCCGCUGAGCGCCUUAAGGGCGGUCAAUGCAUUGGAAGGGCGCAUCUUCAACGGCAAUGCUAUCAAGGCGAAAUUCUGGCCCAAGGAGCGGUUUGAUCAGGGGGACUAUGUCUAG